AUCGACAAAAUAAUUUACUAAUGUAAUUUAGUAAACAAGUGCUCUAUCGCUUGACCUGUUGACUUGUUUUGAUACCACACUCAGGCAAAGUAAAAAAUUGGUAUUCGUCUGCUGAAUUGAAUAGAGCCAUGAAUUUCCUAAUCCUGCUCGCCCUUGCGUGCUGCGCGCUGGCGGCUCCGGACCGGUACAAAGUCAAGAUAUACGAAGACUACAACGCUGUUCCGUUGUCAGAGAUCGAGGGGAUCGUGGACUGUCUGGUGCACGAGGUAUCCUGUACACCAGUGAGGGAUGCUUAUCGCGCGGCGUACCCCGAAGUGAUGAUCAACGCUUGCCAAUACUGUACGGAGGAGCUGAAGCAAGGCGGAUACCACUUCUACAACCGCCUCAGCAAAGACCUGCCAAAGAAGUACGAGGAGUUACGUCACCAUUUCGACCCCGACAACAAGUAUUUUGACAACUUCUAUAGGGUUCUAGAACAGAGCGUUAACAAGAAUAAAGUUUGAAAGAAUAAAGUUUUGU